AUGCUCUCGAAACCUCCCUCGCAGCAGCCCACCCUGGCCAGCCAACCGCCGCCGCAGACCCAAUCGCUGCCGCCGCCAGCGCAACCUCCCAGCGUGCCGCCCAGCGUGCCGCCCAGCGUGUCGGCGCCUACAAGCUACGGCGGCAUGGACGUGGCGGGGUUGGCGCCGUUCAUCGCGGGCACGGCGGCGUGCAUGCUCGCCUUCUUCGCCGUCGGCCUCCUCGUCUCGCUCCUGCUGCGCUGCCCGCGCGUUCUCGCAUCCGUCCUCCCUAGUAGCCUCCUCGUUAUUCUCGUCCACGAUGCGGACCUUCCCGAUGGGCUUGCGGGCGGUCGCACGGCGACGUCGCAAGGCGACGAGAAGAGUCGCGGGCUAGAUUCUGCGACAUUGGCGACAUUUCCCGUGGUGACCUUUCGAGGGCUCUCGGGGGGCGGCAGCAGCAGAAGAGCCGGCGCCGGCUGCAAGCGGGAGAGCGGCACGGAGGGGCGCGGCAGCAGCGUUGAGAGCUUUCAGACCGUGCGGUACGCGCUGCCGCGGGGCGAAGCGCCUGCCGGCUGUUAUAGCAAGAACGAAGAGAUUGGGCUGCUGGGCACUGAGGUGAAGAUUGUGCCGACGGGAGGACCGGAAAGGACGGAGGCGAUGGUGCCUGGCGUGGCAGGCGGGGAAGGAACAGUGAACAGCGCAGAGUGCGACGAGCGGGGUGCGACGGAAUGCGACGAGGGAUGUGCGACGGAGUGCGACGAAGGGGUCGCAACGGAGUGCGCGGUGUGUCUGAGCGACUUCGCGGACGGCGAUCAGCUGCGGUGCCUGCUGCCGUGCGCGCAUCUCUUCCACGUGGCGUGCAUCGAUUGCUGGCUCCUCUCGCACACCACCUGCCCCGUGUGCCGCACGUCACUAGAGCCACGCAAAGAUGACGUGGCACUGGAAACUGGCUGA